AUGGAUCAGAUUAAAGGCAAUAACGGGAUGAACUAUAACCCUCAGCAAUAUGUACAACUACCGUACAGUAAUCAGUGUCGAACGCCUGUGUCUGUUAUGCCAACGAAUUUUACGCAAGAAUGUACACAAAAUGUCGGAGCGACAUCUCCAUAUGAGUUUCAACGCAUAAAACAAGUAACAAAUGAGGAAUUGAUGAAAUUCAUUAGUGGAAAAUUUGAGGAAAUGAACACUAGACUCAAUAAAUUAGAAUCGGUGGAGGAAAAGGUUACAAAACUGGAUGAUAAACUCAAUAAGUUAUGGUCUGAUUUAGAUAAAAGAGUGGCUAAAAGUGAGGAUAAAUUAAGUUCCGUGGAGGACAUGGUGGAAUUACAUGAUUUUAAUUUGGAUAAAACAAAAGAGCAGGUAUCAAUUUUACAGUCCGAAAAUAAGAAAUUAAAAGAGACUAUUAUUGAUAUCCAAGCUAAGUCUAUGAUGUGUAAUUUGAUCAUUGGUGGGAUCAAAGAAUCAAAGGAUGAAACAGCCGAACAGACACUUGGAAAUGUCAAAAAAUACUUUCAGGACGAUUUGAAGAUCCCCGAGGAAAGUUUGACAACACUAGAAAUAGAGAGUGCUAGACGAAUUGGCGUUCGAAGACAAAAAUCAUGGACAUCUAAAGAUAGUAAUAUAAAAUUGAAAGGAUAUGCAUCGCACAAUUUCUAUCGCAAAUUUCAACACAGAAAUGCACGUCGAAGUAGUGGUGACCAUGCAAUUAUAGAAUUUACUAUUUCAAUCAACACUAUAACACGAGAUGAUAGCAAUUUAAAAUCUUUACAGUCAACGAAAUGGUCUGCAGAUAAAAGAGAUACUUUUAGAAGAAGAUUGAUUGGCAGAUUGCCUGAAUUAAACAAUUUAAUAAGCUAUUCAGAGGAGGAAAUAUUUGAUAACAUCAAAGUAAAUGAAAUGGUUGACAGAUUCGCACAAAUAAUAAACGAAGAGGCAAAGCCAUUGUUUCACAAGGAAUUAACCAUGCGAAAACAAAAUAUACAAUUUGAUACUACAAAAGUGAUGAAAAAAUCAGAUUGGUUUGAUGACUCGUGCAGAGAAAGAAAGUUAGAGUAUUUGGAAGCAUUACGAUUAUUUAAUGAAGUGAAGACAAAUGAAAAUAGACACCAGUUAAUGUUAAAAAAGAGACAAUAUAAAUCUUUGAUAAAAGUAAAGCGCAAUAGGAGUAAACUUAUAAAGAUGCGAGAAAUUGAAGCACUUAAAAGUAAAAAGCCGUGCGAUUUCUGGAAAUAUUUUUCAAAGAAAAAAACACAACUGAACGAAAACAUAUCUGUGCAAGAAUUCUAUGACUAUUUUAGGAAUUUAUCAGAUAGCAUUAACACUACUACUGAUCCAGAAAGCGAGAAUUACUGCAAUAACCAAUAUUGUUAUGAUGACCCUAUUUUCGCGGAAUUAGAUUCUGUAAUUACAAUUGAUGAAGUGCGACAUGCAAUUAGUUGUUUGAAACGAGGCAAGGCAGGUGGGAGUGAUGACCUCAUAAAUGAAUAUUUUAUUGAAACAUGUGACAUCAUAUGCGGGCAUCUACGGGAUAUUUUCAAUGUUAUACUAUCGACUGGACAUUUUCCAAAUGCAUGGAUGGAAGGAAUCAUUAUACCAGUGUUUAAAAAAGGAGAUGCUAGUAUUGUCGAUAAUUAUAGGGGAAUAACACUAGUUAGUUCUAUGUCGAAAAUAUUCACAUCAAUAUUAAAUAAGAGAAUGUCAGACUGGAGUGAUAGACAUAACAUAAUAUCAGAUUCACAAUUUGGAUUUAAGAAAGGAUUAUCAACCACUGAUGCGAUAUUUUGCCUACACAGUAUAGUUAAUCACAUGUUAAAUAAUGGUACACGCCUCUACACUACCUUUAUAGAUAUGCAAAAAUGUUUUGAUAGUGUAUACCGGAACGCAUUGUGGUUCAAAAUGUCAAAACUGGGAAUAAACGGUAAAUUGCUCAGGGUCAUAAGAUCAAUGUAUGAGCAAGUGAAAUGUAGAGUACGUCAUGGAAACGAAUUCUCGGACUUCAUGGAAAUAGCAGUGGGCCUAAAACAGGGAGAGAUAUGUUCACCGUUACUGUGGUCUAUGUUUAUUGAAGAUCUAGAGUUGUACAUUGGUUCGAGACCAGAAAGUGGCUUAAAAUUUGAUGAUUUGACUCUGGUGCUGUUUUUAUACGCAGACGAUAUGGUACUAUUUUCGGACACUGUAGAAGGAUUACAACAAAGUUUAGAUGACUUGCUCACAUACUGUAGGCGAUGGGGAUUAACCGUUAACAUUGAAAAAACCAAAGUUAUGGUUUUUAGAAAGCGUGGACCGUUGCGUGAAAAUGAAAAAUGGACUUACAAUGACACAAAUUUAGCUAUUGUUAACAAUUUCAACUAUUUAGGUGUGGUAUUUGACUCAAAUGGCAAUUUUAACUAUAAUACACAGAUGCUCGUCGGCAAAGCGCUUAAAGCUAUGAACUGUUUAAUGAAUAAUACUAAGGACUUUGAUUUUACCCCAAAGACAAUGUUGAGUUUAUUUGAUUCAUUUGUUUCCUCAAUUUUAAGUUACUCUUCUGAAGUUUGGGGAUUUACUAAAAACAAAGACAUUGAAAGGAUACAUCUAAAAUUUUGCAAAAGAAUUCUAAAUGUAAAAUUAUCGUCCAGUAGUGUAGCUAUAUAUGGAGAAUUAGGACGAUAUCCGUUGUAUGUAAACAGAUAUGUUAAAAUAGUCAAGUAUUUUCUUAAGAUCAAAAAUUCUAAUAAUUGUAUAAUAAGUAAAGUAUAUGAACUGUUAUUAGAGGAUUUAUGUAAUAAUAAGAUUAACUGGGUUUCAAAAGUAAAGAAGUUAUUAUAUGAACAUGGUUUUGGAUACGUGUUUGAAACAACGUUAACAGUAAAUGUGACCCACUUUAUAUCUAUGUUCAGACAAAGACUGGUUGAUACAUUCACACAGAAUUAG